AUGUCACUGGUUUCAGAAAGGCCCUGCAUAGAAUACUCCUUGGUUACAAUACAAAGUGCUACCGAUAAUUUCGAUGAGUCAAACCUCAUCGGAAAAGGAGGUUUUGGAAAAGUAUACAAGGGUAUGCUUUAUACCGGAUGGAAUACGACCACUGUGGCGGUGAAACGUUUGAAACCGGGAUCAAAACAAGGUGUUCAACAGUUCCACACAGAAAUCAAGAUGCUUUCCAUGUGCCGUCACUCUCACCUUGUGACCCUGUUGGGUUAUUGCAAGGAGAAUGAAGAGAUGAUCCUGGUGUAUGAGUAUAUGUCUUGUGGUAACCUUGCUGAUCAAUUAUUCAACAUUCCCAACUCCAGUUUGAGUUGGGAGCUACGCCUUAACAUAUGUAUUCAGGCCGCGCGUGCAUUACAAUAUCUUCACACGGGACACUCGGAUACGGUCAUUCAUCUUGAUGUAAAGUGUGCCAACAUUUUACUAGACGAGAAUAUGAAAGCCAAAAUAUCCGAUUUGGGAUUAUCAACAAUUAUACCUGCGAACCAGCGUGAAGUGCUAACAACUUUUGUUAAUGGUACUCGGGGAUACAUAGAUCCUCAUUACCGCAAAUCCCACAAAUGCUCAAAGGAAACAGAUGUAUAUGCUUUUGGUGUGGUACUAUUGGAACUGUUGACUGGGAAACAUGUCACGAGUGGUUGGGUCAUACCUGAUCCGGAUGUAACCGAUCUGGCCACAUGGAUCGAACAACAGAUAAGUUACGGAUCACUUAAUCAAAUCAUUGAUCGAAGUAUUGUGCAUGAAAUUGCUCCAAAUUGUAGAAAUAGUUUUGCAAAAAUCAUAAGUAAAUCUUUGCAAAAUGAUCCUAGCAAACGACCUUUGAUGUCCACUGUCGUGGCCCAGCUUGAUGGUGCAUUGGCAAUGCAAACAGGCAGAAAUCCAUCAUCUUCAAUAAAUGAGGGUGUUGUUUAUGACCACUUUAAUGCAGUCCACACGAACACCAAAUCCGAUGAACACUUCAAUCCGUUCAGCACGCACACCAAUUUCGACAUAGAUACUCUUCAUGAAGACGUCAAUAUAUUCGGCACAAUCAGCAAUUCCGACGAUCUUAAUGAAUACUAUAACACAUUCAGCACGGACACCAAUCCCGCAACAUCAGAGACUCGUGCCUCUUUCGAUAAAUCCGAACGAACAAGCCAUUCACGGACUCCUACAACCGAGAGCUGGAUGAAAUCAGUCCAAUCUAGAACAAGCGCAUUUGCCAUGCCAUCUCAUUCGUUCAUCACUAGUCCACAAGACUUAUUACCAAAAACAGUUAUCGGCUUGUUGCAGAAAAGAGGGAAGUGGCGGCCUGGACGUUAA